UUUAAGCUUGGAAGAAGACAGUACUUGCUGGCUACCGUUAGCCUAGCCUCACUGCUGCUGUUCCCAUUGUGAAAGAACAAAUACUGGUCUGUCUCUACUGACAACAUGUCUGACAGUGAUGGACAAGCACAGGAGCCUGCUGGACUGGAAGGUCUGCCUCCACUGUUCAGCAUCGCCAAAGGAGAAGUGGUUUCUGUGCAAACCUAUGGAGCUUUUGUCCGACUCCCAGGAUACAAGAAGGAAGGCCUUGUGCAUGUGAGUGAGAUGUCAGCUUCACGGGUGGAAAGUGCCUCAGAAAUUGUGGAUGUGGGGGAACAGGUGUGGAUUAAAGUCAUUGGGAGAGAGAUUCGGGAUGAUAAGGUGAAGAUGUCCUUCUCAAUGAAAGCUGUCAAUCAGGGAACAGGGCGGGACUUGGACCCCAACAAUGUCAUGGCAGAGCAGGAUUCGAGACGACGUAGGCAGUUUAGAGACCAAACGGGCAACAGGAUCACACUGGAGGCCGUGCUCAACACGACUUGUUCAAAGUGCGGCUGCAAAGGUCACUUUACAAAGGACUGUUUUUCUGCUCCGGGCUUGCAGUACGCUCUUUUGCCUGAAGAGGACGAUGAAGGGCCACAGCAGCCACAGCAACAGACCUCCACAGCUGCACUACAGCAAGACUCAGACAAAAAGAAGAAGAAGAAGAAGGAGAAGAAAAUGAAGAAGAGAAAAAGGGAGAGGAAGGAGUCGGAGAGCGACAGCAGCAGCAACAGUGGGGAGUGUAAAUCCAAGAGGAGGCGCCACGAGCGCUCGCACGACAGAGAGGACAAAAAGAAGAAGAAACACAAGAAACACAAAUCUCACAAAAACAGCUGAGACAGCGACACACAGUACAGCAGCAGCAGCUAUCUCCCAGAUGCAAAAAGGGGAAGUGGUUAGAAACAGACAGUGACUGACUUACACUUGUCUUUUCUAAGUCAUUCCUCCACCACAAGCUUUUUGAAAUAGAAACAUUCAAGCACAUUUAGCCCCCCUCAAGUUAAAGAUGGAAACUGAGCAAACACAAAAAUUGAAAAGACAAGCCCCACUUGUCCUAAUGAAACCCCAGUCUCCCUCAAGGGAGAAGGGGGAUUCAUUCAUCAUGUGAAACCUGAUACUUGUGAGCAAUACGGCAGCAAGUGGCCAUCCCUCCUCAAAUCCAGAUAUCCUUUUUCUAAUGCUCUGGGAAAUCCGUCAAGCAGAAAUGAAGCAGUAAAAACAAAUCUUUAAGAGGAUCAGACCUUGAUUAUAAUC